UCCCUCUCCUCUGAGCGCCGCACCCCCCGGGGCCCCUUGUCCCCCCUGCGCCUCGCGUCUCCUUGCACCUCAGGCACCCCGCAACCCGGAGCGUCCCGCGCCCCCGCGCCACACAUACCCCUGCGCCUGUGCACUCUGUGUCCCACCUACGGCCGCUGUCCCCCCACGCCCUGAGCGUUCUGCAUCCGCCUGUGCCUGGCACCUCCGUGAGCCCCUUGUCUCGCCUGCGCCCGAGGUCCCCCGGCACCCCUUGCGCCCCGCCACCCGGAGCCCCCGAGGCCGCGUCCCAGCCCACGUACCUGGCCUCACCUCUGGUGCGCACGCCUUCUGGCAGCGCGGGCGGCAGAGCUCGAGCCCGCCGCGGGGCUCCUUCCCCUCCCCCAGCUGGCCGCAAGGGCCAGGUGCGGCGCUCCUGAGAUGCGCGGGCGUUCACGGAACAGGUGACAGUGGCCCCUGACGUUUAUGGGAUCACAGACCAAGAGAGUCCUUCUGACUCCCCUCAUGCACCCGGCCCGCCCUUUCCGGGUCUCCAACCACGACAGAAGCAGCCGGCGAGGGGUGAUGGCCACCAGUCUGAAGGAACUCCUCAGCAAGACCCUGGAGGCCUUAGUUAUCACCAGCGGACUGGUCACUUUGGUGCUGGAGGACGACGGAACCGUGGUGGAUACGGAAGAGUUCUUUCAGACGUUGGAAGACAACACACAUUUCAUGAUCUUGGAGAAAGGGCAGAAGUGGACACCGGGUGGCAGCUGUGUCUCUGCUCGCCAGCAGCCAAGGAAAGCGGGAAUAGCGAGAGUCACCUUCGACUUGUACAAGCUGAACCCCAAGGAUGUCAUUGGCUGCCUCAACGUAAAGGCCACCAUGUAUGAGAUGUACUCGGUGUCCUACGACAUCCGGUGUACGGGAGUCAAGGCCCUGCUAAGGAGCCUGCUGCGGCUCCUGUCCCAUGCCGCGCAGGUGGCCGGACAGUUGCUCACCUACACUGGCUCGUACAUGCUCCAGCUGCUGGGUGACACGGAGGAGCAGCCUCCUCGCAGGUCACAUUCCAGACGGGGGUUCAUGUGUGGAUAGCGAGGCACGCUGCUGGGACCAGCCGGCUCGUGGCCCAAGCAUUCCCUCUCGAAUGAUGAUUUUGAAGAUGCUUCUGUUCUAAUCCACACACGUUUGUACACUGCGGGUCACCUGUGCUCGGGAGUGGCACCCAGGGGAAGGAGAAGGAGUUGAUGGCAUGUGAGAUGGGGGCGCACGGUGGGAGGUCCCAAAGGGAGGAGAUGGGCAGGUGCCUUUGCGGGAGGAGAGGGCGCCGCUCCGGAGCAGCACAGCCCUGCAUUAGGCCUUUCAGCUCCUCGCCUCCUGCAAUAAACCAAUCACAAGAGCUACUUUUCCUAUGGGCAGUGCUUCCUCUGGGCUCUUUCCCAUUUCGAAAGGAAAAAAACUUCUGUAUAUAAGCGAAACUCAGCCAGGAGAGCUCUGCUAACAGAUAUAAUCACUUUUAAAUCUUUGUAAAACUGAUGAACUGUCAAAUGUUACUGUGGGGUUUUUAAAUACUUUUUUAAAAAGGUUUUAUUUAUUUAUUUGUCAGAGCACA